AUGACUUUAUUGUGCUCUAUGGAGUUCCCUGCUGGCAUGACUCACCCGUUCAACGACGUGGCAACUUCAGAAGACAUCGUGGGCAUUGUGGUUGCCUCUGUGAUCGUCUUGCCUCUGCUGCUGCUGAUCGUGUACCUGACUUACAUCCGCGUGAAGGAGAAACGGGAGAAGGAGGGGCGCGAGAAGGAGAGCAAGGAAGAGGGGGAGGCGGAGAGGAUGGAAGGAGGAGGCAGUGAGGGGGAGAGGGAGGAGGGGGGAGAGGCGAAGGCUGCUGUGGUGAACGAGAUGGCAACGAAGAGCCACCCAAACCUGGUGAGGCUGAUGGGGUACUGUUUCGACAUCAGUCCAGACACGGAGCGCAUGGAGCAGAUCGUCAUCUACGAAUUCGUCGACAACGGCGACCUCGACCGCUGGAUCGGACCCCUUUGCCAUGCUGUUGUGCCUAAUGAUUGUGUACUUGCUCUCGCUCGCAGCUUUGGAGUGGUGAUGCUGACGCUCAUCACAGCGCGCAAGGCCAUCUACAACGCGGAUGCAGAUCAGAUCAACUUCAAGCAGUGGAUGGCUCCGCUGCUGGCUGCCGGCGAUGCAGCGGCGAUGAGGGACCCGCAGCUGGAGGCGCCGGACGACUUGGUGCUGCGCAUGGCCCGCCUCGCCCUGCGCUGCACCGCCAUGCCCACCGCCUCGCGCCCCUCCAUCAGCCGCGUGCUCGGCGAGCUGCUCGUCAUGAAGGAGGAGUUUCUCGGGCAGGACGAGGACCGCAUGGCGGCGCGCAUUGACCGCGAGCUCGAGAGCUCCGAGAAUGUCAGCCUCAGCAUGGAGAUUGCUCGCGCCCAGUGGGCGAGGAGCAGCGGAGGUCUCUCGAGCAACCCACGAGCCUGA